CCAUUCCAGGAAUGCCGCGAGCCGUUCCACGGCGGUUCGUUCUUCGAGCACGAGGGGCAGCCCUACUGCGAGACGCACUACCACGGCAAGCGCGGCUCGCUCUGUGCCGGUUGUCACAAGCCCAUCGCCGGCCGCUGCAUCACGGCCAUGUUCCGCAAGUUCCACCCCGAACACUUCGUCUGCGCCUUCUGUCUGAGGCAACUUAACAAGGGCACGUUUAAGGAACAGAACGAUAAGCCCUACUGUCAUACGUGCUUUGAGAAACUCUUCGGUUAG